GAUUUCCCUCGCAUCCUUCGCCCCCUAUUUUGCAACGCAACGUGCCCAACCACAUGGCCACGCGAUCCUUGUGGAGAGCAACGAAGCUCGCACUGUCGGCGACCGCCCUCGUCGGCGGCGGUGCGGCGGCGAAUGCCGCCACCUCCAAAGACCCGGGCAUGACUUUCAAGCUCUACACCACCGUUCCCCCACGCCUUGUUCGCGACGCCGUGACAGCCGCCGCCAUCGCCUUCGAUUACGAGUAUUCACUGCUGGGACUUCCUGAAGGAAGCAGUGAGAGGGCAAAAGCUAAGCAUGAAGUUCACCUUAGGUCUGCACUUAAACUUCAAGAAUUGUGUUUCAAAAAUGGAGGAAUAUAUAUCAAGCUCGGUCAGCAUAUCGGGCAGCUGGAAUACUUGGUACCUCAAGAGUAUGUCCAGACAAUGAGGGAGUCCAUGUUGAACAAAUGUCCAGUUUCUUCAUACGAACAAGUGUGUGAAGUCAUCAAGAAAGAACUCGGAGAUUCGCCCAAUAAAAUUUUUUCUGAAUUUGAUCCUGUUCCAAUAGCAAGUGCUUCCCUUGCACAAGUCCAUGUUGCUCGCAAUCAUAAUGGCGAAAAAGUGGCUGUGAAGGUUCAGCACACUCACAUGACAGAUACUGCAGCUGCAGACUGUGCUACUGUGAACUUUAUUGUGAACACCCUGCACCAGAUUUUUCCUUCUUUUGAUUACAGGUGGUUGAUUGAGGAGAUGCGGGAAAGUUUGCCCAAGGAACUAGAUUUUAUAAAUGAGGCCAAGAACAGUCAGAAAUGCUUGGAAAACUUUCAGAAGUUCUCUCCUCAUAUUGCGGCUUAUGUAUAUGCACCAAAGGUAUAUUGGAGUUUAAGUACCUCAAAGUUGUUGACCAUGGAAUAUAUAGAUGGCGCACAAGUAAAUGAUGUGAAGACCAUCAAAAGACUUGGAAUUCGCCCUGAUGAAGUUGCAAGACUAGUUAGUGAAUCUUUUGCAGAAAUGAUGUUCAAACACGGGUUUGUGCAUUGUGACCCCCAUGCUGCCAACUUGUUGGUUCGUCCUCUGCCUGGUAGUGGAAAGAGCUUUCUAGGGAAGAAAGAGCCACAGUUGAUACUUCUAGACCACGGUCUGUAUAAAGAUCUUGACCCCGAGACCAGAACUAACUAUGCUGCACUGUGGAAGGCGUUGAUUUUUUCUGAUGCCAAUGCAAUAAAAGAUUAUAGUGCAAAGUUAGGUGCUGGAGAGGACUUGUAUGCAUUAUUUGCAGGGAUUCUUACUAUGAGACCUUGGAAUAGGGUCAUUGACCCAGCUGUUGAUCAUUUGAUUAUACAAGGCACUGAAAGUGACCGUUCAGAACUGCAGAUGUAUGCUUCUCAGUACUUCUCUCAAAUAUCAGAGCUUUUGAGGAGGCUGCCGCGCGAGAUUCUUUUAAUGCUGAAAACAAAUGAUUGUUUGCGAUCAGUUAGCAAUGCUCUGUUGCAGGUACCUUCUCUUGAGACAUUCAUGAUCAUUGGAAGGGUUUCUUCUGAAGCUAUCAUUGAGGCAAAACUAUCACAAAAGAGGUCCUUCCUACGCUGGUUGAGUGCUUGGUUAGACAAAAUCAUAUUAGAAGUUCGACUUUUUACAAUGCAAGCAGCGUUGUGGCUUAUACAGGGAAGGAAAGCUGUAGCUUGGCAAAACUGAAAAGAUACUGCACAAACACAAUUUCUAUGACUCGCAAACUCAGGAAACCCAAAGAUUGGUGAAACAAACUAUAGUUACUUCUUCAUUCGUUACCCAAAAAUGGGCAUACACAUUCUUUGUCUCCAUAGAUCAAAGCCACUUCGUCUAUAAGCAGGGUCUCUGAUAAUAGAUUGACAGGUGAUUUUUUAUCGCAAUGGGAAGGAAUAAAUGAUUUGUAUUUAUCCAUAUGUUUUAUAUAUAAUUGUUCGCAAUGUCCUCUGGCAAGACUAACAAGCGAGAAAUCUGAUCUCUGUGUAGAAACCCUUGAAAGGAGAACUGUAUAUUGGAAGCAGAUUAUUUGCUAGAGAUAUUAGUUAUAUACUUUAUCUGCACAGAGGUAUAUGCACAGAGAGAUUUUAGACUUUUGAAUCGAUUCUUUCACAGAUGAAUUGUACAUUACAUUCUUAUUUGGGUAAUAAAGCUUCUUGAGUUACUCUUA